CGCUUGUUGGAACGCUGUAGUCACCCGGCGCGCGAGGGGGAGGCCCCGUUUCUGGGUCAUGGAUUUUGAAAAUCUUUUCUCAAAACCCCCCAACCCAGCCCUCGGCAAAAAACCGGCCUCGGACCCUGACGAAAGAAUCAAUGAUGAAAUAGAUGACAAUGAAGUUGAAGAAACACAAAAAGAGAAAGUAAAAUGGAAAGUAAAACUGAAGUGUGAGAAAAUUCCCAAAAAAGUUAGGCACUUUGGAAACCCUAAAACAUCACCAAAGAGUUUGCAACGUAGAAAAUCAAGAAGUAAGGACUAUGAUGUAUAUAGUGAUAAUGACACCUGUGGUCAGGAACCAGAAGAUAAUUUUGCCAAAGAACUUCAACAGUACAUCCAAGCUAAAGAAAUGGCAAGUGCUGCUCAAGCUUUGCCACUUGAUGAAGAAUUUGUGAAGAAAGAGGGAGCAAAAGAUACACGACAGACUGCUAAACCAAAAAAUAAAAACCUUAAAGCUGGUCACAAGAAUGGCAAACAGAAGAAAAUGAAGCGAAAAUGGCCUGGCACUGGAAACAAAGAAUCAAAUGCCUUACUGAGAAACAGUGGCUCACAGAAAGAGGAUGGUGCACCUAAAGAGAAGCAGCAGCAUGUGAGAAUGAGUCAGGGAUUCAUCAACCAACAUACAGUAGAACGCAAGGGAAAACAAAUUUGCAAAUAUUUUCUUGAAAGGAAAUGUAUUAAGGGAGACCAGUGUAAAUUUGAUCAUGAUGCAGAGAUAGAGAAGAAAAAGGAAAUGUGUAAGUUUUAUGUACAAGGGUAUUGUACCAGAGGAGAAAACUGUCUAUUUUUGCAUAAUGAAUACCCUUGCAAGUUUUACCAUACAGGAACAAAAUGUUAUCAGGGAGAUUUCUGUAAGUUUUCCCAUGCUCCACUGACUGCUGAAACACAAGAACUGUUGGCUAAAGUUUUGGAUACUGAAAAGAAGUCAUGUAAAUAAAGUAGGCUAAAAAGCUCUGUAUAGGUGAAGAGUGCUCAUGCCACACCUGUUCAAGACUGUUCAAGACUGAUAAGAUUCCUCAUUUAAAGCGCCCUCUUGUGCCAUUGUGGUGGUGUGCAACUUCUUUAAUGGAUAGUGCAGAGGGCAGAAUCUUGUGCUGAAGUGAAGGGGUUGGUCUUCACUGGGGUGCUCCAACUGUUAGGACAAGAAAGGAGCAUAUGUGACAGAUAUGCUGACUGGUGGGUUAAUAUUGUGGUAUUAAAUUACAGAAUUCUCUUCUGAGUGAGAUUUUUCAAUAAAAUAGAAAGUUACUCUGAGGAUAGGUAACAGUGUAGGAAGUUUGAGAGUUAAAAACUGAUAAGAAUAUACUGGAAUAAUAUGCAAUACCACCUAAUGAUGUGGAGUUAGGGCUCUACAUAUCAUUAAGGACUU